AUGCUAGUCUCCAUAGUCCUGGACGAGCCGCUGCCGCACUACACAAACCUCGACACCAUAUCUGGCCGUGUCGUCAUCCGCGCCACCAGCAACACCAGCGUAUCCUCCGUCGUCGUCAAGCUAGAGGGCGAGAGCAGGACCAGGCUCGUCCCGCCGCAAAACCCGCAGUUCAACAAUAGCAAGCCGCGACCUGUCUUGGAGAUCCACAAGAUUCUCUACAAGACAGACGUCGUCUUCCCGCCGCCUAGCCUGCAGACAGCCGACUGGGAAUCUCGCAAGUUCACCCUCAACCUCGGAAACUAUGAAUACCCCUUCUCUUUCAAGCUACCGUUCAACAACGCCUGCCACACCACAACCUCUCUCACCGGAGGCUUCAACCUCGCUACCCUAGAGGUUGCCCGCCCUCCCACGAAACACGUCAAACAGACCCUACCUCCUUCCCUUACCGGUUUCCCGGGCGAAGCCGAGAUCCGAUACUAUGUCAAGUGUACCGUCAACCGACCCUCGAUAUUGAAGGAGAACCCGAGAGCUUUCGUCCACUUCAACUUCCUCCCCAUCGAACCUCCUCGCCCCCAAAAAUUCGAUGGUGAAGCGUAUGCGCGUCGUCAGCAUCAAUUCAACCCCAGAUGGGUUCCGCCUACCGAGCGCAAGUCCGGACUCUGGGAUAAGCUAAAGGGCGAAAAGAGCACUCCUCCCGGAAGUCCGACAAAAGAUGGCGUGGACUUGGUGCGCUUCAGCCUCGAUGCACGUCUGCCCAACCCGGCGAUAUUGACGUUGAACGAUGACCUACCGCUGAGGGUCUUGGUCAAGCAAAUCAACGAGCGCCACGACCCCGUGUACCUUCAAAUGCUCCAAAUCGAGCUCGUAGGCUACACCUCGGUGCGCGCCCACGAGCUCACGCGCACCGAAUCGAACAGCUGGAUCAUCGCCAGCUUCAGCAACAUGGCCAUCCCCAUCGGUGCUCCCUCAGACGUUGCUGGCACCGAGACACCCAUCAACCCAGAGUACUGGUCCGGAAAGCCCCUCCCUAACUCGGUAUCCCCCUCUUUCGACACAUGCAACAUCUCACGGUAUUACGAACUCGAGGUGCGUGUUGGCCUUGGCUACGGCUCGUACAAGCACGGCCAGGACCAGCUGGUCGUUCUCCCGCUGCGCCUUCCUGUCAAGGUCUUCUCGGGUAUCGAGCCACCGCAGGCACUCCUCCACGCCAUGGCUUCGGCCAGGCCGACUCUGCCCCAACGCAAGCCCGUCCCUGGCUCUGCUGCUAUGUCGCCUCUGAAGACGGGCGGCCCCGUCAUGGACGGUGGUGCACUGCCUCCAUACCAGACCCCAAUGACGCCCGUCGAGGGGGGAGCAGGACACGGCCCGGCGCCCCAAGGCCAAUAUGCCUCAGGUCACGUCGAGACUUAUGAGGAUGCGCCUCCGAGUUACGAAGAUGCGGUUGCGCAUAACAUGCCGGCAGUGGACGGACCGCGGAGAGACUACGCGCCGCCACCGGUCCCAGAGGACGCACCGAGGUUUAGUCAUGACGAGAAGAGAUGA